CAGCGCGACCUGUCAAGUGAUGCUUUUUCCUGGGUCACUCCCGCGAACGUGUGGGUCAGUUUGUCAGUCAAGCAUCAUCACACAGCCAUCUUUCCUUAAAACCUUCUCCCAGAGUUUCUGCAUGCUCAGCACUUGUUUGGAAGGACUGUGAACUGAAAAACUUAUUUAGUUGCACUGCUGUGAAGGUGCGCUCUUGUAAAUAUGGCAUCGAACAACAAGAAGUAGUGGGAUAUCCCAUGGGGGGGGUUACCACCAUGAACCCAGACUCCUCCCUGCCCCCUCCUUCAGGCAAUUCAUGUAGCAGCGGCCCUGUCCUUAAGCAUGGCUUGGAGGUGGAUGUCCGACCUCGCGGGAAACACUACGUGUGUGGCUCGGUUGCUGCUUUCACCAAUAUCAUUAUCACCUUCCCCAUCCAGAAGGUACUGUUCCGCCAACAGCUGCAUGGCCUGCGAGCUACUGAUGCAGUACGCCAGCUUCAAAAAGAAGGUUUGAGAACCCUGUAUCGCGGCCUGCUGCCUCCUCUGUUGCAGAAAACGAUUACAGUAGCUCUUAUGUUUGGCCUGUAUGAAGACUUUUCCCGGCUGCUUUCACACCAUGGUGGGUCUUGCGGCGCUCCCGAAAUUCUCACACGCAGCACAGCGGCAUUUCUGGCUGGCACAGCCGAAGCAGUCCUGACACCGUUUGAGCGUGUGCAAACGCUGCUUCAAGAUCACCGGCAUGCAGGGCGUUUCCGCAACACGCCACACGCCUUUGGCACACUGCUGCGCGAUCAUGGAGUGAGCGAGUGCUACCGUGGCCUGAUGCCUGUGCUGAUGCGCAACGGACCCAGCAACAUGCUUUUCUUCGGACUGCGCGGUCCACUCGGGCAACAGCUGCCUGAAGCCCACACCUACGCCGGACACAUGUUGAACGACUUUGUGUGCGGCGGGCUUCUGGGAGCUGCGCUCGGAGUCCUCUUCUACCCACUGAACGUGGCAAAGUCCCGGGCACAGGCGCAGGUUGGAGGCGCGUUCGUGCCUUGCAUCCAGGUGCUUAAGACCGUGUGGAGAGAACGGGGCAGGAGCGUGCCGAUGCUCUUCCGUGGUGCAACUCUUAAUUACCACCGCUCAUUGCUCUCAUGGGGCAUCAUUAAUUCAACAUAUGAACUGCUUCUGAAAGUCAUUUGAGGAGAGAGUGAGGCAUGAUGGGAGAAGGGCAGAAGAAGAGCUGACAAUAUUUGAUCUUUUCAGCAGCACAGGCGCUCAAAGGCACUGCCAUUUUCUUAUGUUCACCUACAGAUUUCACAGAGAUAUGUUUAUGAAAAAAAGAAUGCUAAUCUUGUGCUGUUUCCUGAAAUGUGCACUCAUAUUUGUCAAUGUUCUGGUAACAACCACUGCCCUUUUUACAAUCUCACAUGUCCUACUCAUUGGGAAGUGGCUUGUAAGGCAUUGAGAUGGGAAUCAAUAUUAAGUGUUGCACGACUAAAUAGAAAUUGUCUUUAAAAAGGUGUAAUGGUAUUCCUAUUAAUCCAAAUAAAACACCAGUUGAUACCUGGACCGUACCACAACUGUUUUAUCUGUAUUUUAUUCUACUUGUCAGCAUUAAAGAAAGACUGUGGACAGGAAGCUCAAUAAACAAAUUGUACCAAGUAA